AUGUCUAGUGAUCUGUGUCCCGUCUACGCGCCCUUCUUCGGUGCCAUGGGCUGCACAGCGGCUAUCGUCUUCACCUGCCUGGGCGCCUCGUACGGUACUGCCAAGUCUGGUGUCGGUAUUGCCGCCAUGGGUGUCCUGCGCCCUGACCUGAUCGUCAAGAACAUUGUGCCCGUCAUUAUGGCUGGUAUUAUCGGUAUCUACGGACUCGUCGUGUCCGUCCUGAUUUCCGACAACCUGAAGCAGGACCAGUACGCCCUGUACACUGGUUUCAUCCAGCUCGGUGCUGGUCUGGCCGUCGGUCUGGCCGGUCUGGCAGCCGGUUUCGCCAUCGGUAUUGUCGGUGACGCUGGUGUGCGCGGCACUGCCCAGCAGCCGAGAUUGUUCGUCGGCAUGAUUCUGAUUCUCAUUUUCGCCGAGGUUCUGGGUCUGUACGGCCUGAUUGUGGCCCUUCUGAUGAACUCCAAGGCGUCGCUCAACGUCGUCUGCUAA